AAAGCUCCGUAGUCUCUGGUUUGGUUUGGUUCGGGUACUGCUGAGCUACUAACUGAACUGAUUUCUUUGCUUUUCGGUCUGAGAAGCUUAUAUAUUAUUCUAUCGGCUACUUUGGGUUCCCCUUUUCUUUUCCCUCUCUUUUUCUUCUCUCUUACUUCACAACUUGGUUUCGCUGGUUUGGUCCAUCCCUACUAGUCAUCUCUACUCUACCCUCCCCCAUCCCGCAUCCGGCUCUAUACCCACUUUCUCCUCAACCUACAACCUAUCAUGGCCAAGACUUUCACAAAAGGCGACGUAGCGUCGCACAACAAGGCAGAUAACCUCUGGGUGGUUAUCGAUGAGGAUGUUUACGAUUUGACCAAGUUUCAAGAUGAACAUCCAGGCGGAAAGAAGAUUCUUCAACGUGUCGCCGGAAAAGAUGCCUCGAAGCAGUUCUGGAAAUACCACAACGAGGGUAUCCUGAAGAAGUACAAGGGAAACUUGCAGAUCGGUUCCCUAGACUCCAAGAAAGCCGCGACUCCCGAACCACCUGCUUCUGCUCCCACAACACAGCCUUCCAAGCCUUUGGCGGCACCAGUCGAUGUUGCCUCGGCGAAUUCGUCCGAGACUCAGGAUCCAUUCGGUGAACUCAUUCCUUUUGCGGACCCGGCAUGGUACCAAGGUUACCACUCACCCUACUUUAACCAGACUCACUCGGCGCUCCGCGAGGAGAUCCGCCAGUGGGUGGACUCUGAGAUCGAGCCGUAUGUGACCGAAUGGGACGAGGCAAAGAAGGUGCCCGAUCAUAUCUAUAAGCAGAUGGGCGAAAGGGGAUACCUGGCCGGUCUCCUGGGUAUGAAGAAGUACCCUGUCGACUAUACUCCGUACCGGGUUCAGUCCGUCGCGCCAGAGAACUGGGACUUGUUCCAUGAGAUGCUCCUCACCGAUGAGUUGUCGCGGGUCGGCAGCGGUGGCCUGGUAUGGAACCUGAUCGGCGGUUUUGGCAUUGGUUGCCCGCCGCUGGUGAAGUUCGGGAAGAAGCCCCUUGUCGACAGGAUUCUGCCCGGUAUCUUGGCUGGAGACAAGCGUAUUUGUCUGGCCAUCACCGAGCCGGAUGCGGGUAGUGAUGUUGCAAACCUGACCUGCGAGGCUAAACUAUCGCCCGACGGCAAGCAUUACAUUGUUAACGGCGAGAAGAAGUGGAUCACCAACGGUGUCUGGUCGGAUUACUUCACCACUGCAGUGCGCACUGGUGAUGCCGGUAUGAACGGCGUCAGUGUACUCCUCAUUGAGAGGAACAUGGGCGGUGUUAGCACCAGGCGCAUGGAUUGCCAGGGUGUCUGGAGCAGUGGUACCACCUAUAUCACCUUUGAGGAUGUCAAGGUCCCGGUUGAGAACCUCAUCGGCAAGGAGAACCAAGGAUUCAAGGUCAUCAUGACCAACUUCAAUCACGAGCGUAUCGGCAUUGUGAUCCAGUGUGUCCGGUUCGCUCGUGUGUGUUAUGAAGAGUCGAUGAAGUAUGCCCACAAGCGCCGCACCUUCGGCAAGAGGCUCAUUGACCAUCCCGUAAUUCGGAUGAAGUUGGCACACAUGGCCCGUCAGAUCGAGGCAACAUACAACUGGCUGGAAAACAUCAUCUACCAGUGCCAGUCGAUGGACGAGACUGAAGCCAUGCUCAAGUUGGGUGGCGCCAUUGCCGGUCUGAAGGCACAAUCCACCACCACUUUUGAGUUCUGCGCCCGUGAGGCCAGUCAGAUCUUCGGUGGUCUCAGUUAUAGCCGCGGUGGUCAAGGUGGUAAGAUUGAGAGGUUGUACCGUGAUGUUCGGGCCUACGCGAUCCCAGGUGGAAGCGAGGAAAUCAUGCUGGACCUCAGCAUGCGUCAGAGCUUGCGUGUGCACCAAAUGUUUGGGCUGAAGCUCUGAGAGCUGCUAUCUUCCUGCAUUUUUGAGAGUACAUAGAUCACUAUUGUAGUCGCUUUUCAUGGCCAUUUUUGCGGGUUGGAUGAGAAAUUGUAUCUCCCACAUGGUGUAUUUAUAUGAACAAAUUUGGAUUAACUUGGUAAAAUAAGC